AUGGCUUUCCGACGAGUCUUAAUAUUGAGUAAAUUAUUCACGAAAAGCUGGGGACAUCCGAAUACAUUGAAGCAAUUAUCAAAACAUCGUAAAGAAGUAAUGUCACAACGUGGGAUACAAUCAGCCAUCGACUCUUUAGAUAUUGACUUCGUUAUAGAAAAGGAAAAAGUUAAGAAUGGAGUUAGAAUAUUAGAAGGAAGGUUUCGAAGUCCGCACUCGAUCCUGUACCCCGAGCAAAUGCCUGGACCGCUGCGGUGGGCACGUUGGAAAGGUAUUUUUCCCCAACAUGAACGCCGCGGUUUGUGUAUUCAUCUAGCAGGUACUGGUGAUCAUUCUUACGUACGACGAGAGAUAGGUUUCGCAAACGACAUGUUAAGGCAAAAUCAAACUGCAUCAAUAAUGCUACAGAACCCUUUCUACAUGGAUAGGAAACCUCCUGAACAAUAUAGAUCGUCUCUUUUGAACGUCUCCGAUCUAUUCGUCAUGGGAGCUGCUUUGAUGUCAGAAUGCAACUACAUUCUCAACUGGGCGAGAAAGGAGGGUUACGGUCCCUUGGCUAUAGCUGGAGUCUCCAUGGGAGGCUUCAUGGCUUCAUUGGCAGGAUCUAACAUGACUUUUCCUGUAUCCAUCAUUCCUAUCCUAUCAUGGACAACAGCUAGUCUACCUUAUACGAGAGGCGCAAUAGCGGGCUCUAUAAACUACUACGAGUUGGAGAGGUUAAUUGAAGAUCCGAACUAUAUUUCAAAAAUCAAAUCUAUACCAGACACUGAUUGGGUUGAUAGAAUGCAUGAGAUGACGGCUAAAAAUGGAAAAAGCUUGUCCUAUAACUUCAUGUGCAUAUUAAUGGAUGAGUUCACCCUCCUAAGCAAUUACCCAACGCCUCUUAAUACAAGUUUAUGUAAUGCAAUAGUUGCGGAAAACGAUGCUUAUGUGUUACGAGACGGUGCUCCGGAUUUUCAAGAUAUUUGGCCAGGAAUGACCCUAGAAGUCAUGCCGGGUGUUGGACACGUGGAAGCUUAUCUAACAGGACAUGCACUGUGGAGGAAGCGAAUAGCAGAGACUAUGGAUAGAACUCCAAAACCCAUUUAA